UAAUUGAUACAAACCAUGAUCAUAUUGAUACAAUUGAUCAUGUUGAUAAGCCUGUAUUAUAUAAGCGCGAAUUAGUUUGGCGAAAUAUAAUUCUGAUGGCAUUAUUACAUUCAUCGGCGGUCUAUGGCCUGUAUUUGGCUGUAUAUGCGGCUCAGUUCAAGACUAUUAUGUUUAUGAACUUCAUUGCUUUCGUCUCUUCAUUAGGCAUUCAAUGUGGCGCUCAUAGGCUUUGGUGUCACCGCACAUAUAAAGCCAAACUCCCGCUUCAGAUAAUACUAAUGGUAUUGCAAACAAUGGCCCUUCAAAAUGACAUCUACGAGUGGAGUCGUGACCAUCGGUUGCACCACAAGUACAGCGACACCGACGCCGACCCACACAACUCGCGGCGCGGGUUUUUCUUCUCACACGUCGGUUGGCUUUUGUGUAAAAAACAUCCGGAAGUGAAGGAAAAGGGAAAGACUAUAGACAUGAGUGAUCUCCAGACCGACCCUUUGAUCCGAUUUCAGCGCGCGUUUUAUAUACCAUUAUUGGCACUGAUUUGGGCCGCAAUUCCCACUUUUAUACCCCAUUAUUAUUGGGGCGAAACCCUAUGGAACUCAUGGUUUCCGUACGACAAGAGUAUAGUUCCCGUUGAGGCAAAUAUGAGGCACUUUUUAGUGGGCGAAGGCUUUCAUAAUUAUCACCACACGUUCCCCUGGGAUUACUCGGCCUCAGAGUUGGGAGCAAUCGAUACGUUCAAUCCGGCGACGGCUUUCAUAGACAUGUUUGCGGCCAUCGGUUGGGCCUAUGAUCUGAGAAAGGCAUCCAAUGAUGUGAUAAAGAGUCGACAGACCAGAUGUGGUGACAUUCACUAUACGUUCAGAUCACGACUUUCUGAACAAAUCGUCGGUUCAUUUGUGGUAUUUUUGCCGAUU